AUGCUGAACGUGGCGUUUGACAAUGCGCCGGCGGGGGACGAGGACGGCAUGCUCUCGUUUGGGUAUGAAGACGGCGGCGAGGAGUACUCGCCGGGCAUUGGCGGAGGCUCGUUUGACGAUGAGCCGCCAUUGCUCGAGGAGCUGGGCAUCGACUUUGGCGACAUCAAGUCCAAGUCGCUUGCCGUCCUUCAUCCGCUGCGGGUGGACGACGCUGAGCUGGCGCGGGUGAUGGAUGACUACGAUCUAGCUGGGCCGAUUGUCUUUGCCGCCCUCCUCGGCUUCUUCCUCCUCAUGGCCGGUAAGGUUCACUUCAACAUCAUCUACGGCGUGGGCUCGGCCGGCUGCGCCGCCAUCUUUCUCCUCCUCAAUAUGAUGUCCGAGUCGGGCGUCUCGGUGUAUCUGGUGGCCUCUGUCCUCGGCUAUUGCCUCCUGCCCAUUGUCGGCCUCUCGGCGGCCGCCCUGGUUGUCGAACUCUCGUCGUGGGUUGGCAUGGCGCUCUCGGCGCUCGUCGUCGCUUGGUGCACACACUCGGCGUCGUCGAUGUUUGUCGCCCGUCUCGCCAUGCGCCAGCAGCGAUGGCUUGUCUUUUACCCGAUCCUGCUCCACUUUUCGACCUUUGCCCUCAUCACCAUGUUCUAG